UUUUCUCCUUUUAAAAAAUACGCUUUGUUACGUCACUGUGAGAAAGGAAACGUGGCAUAGUGAAGUAGACAGCGAUUCGAAACACGUCUGUUUUGUCAGGAAGAGAAGUGCAAGAGACUGCCUUUUUUUUCCAAAUCUUUGACCAUAUAUCAGUUAUCGUUUGUGAUGGAUUCGUCGAUAAACAACGGUUCUUUUGGCAAAUGGGAAAUGGUAAAAAAGAACAAGAAAGCUGGAAUGGCUGGGAAAAUGCAAAAUGUUAAGAAAGGAGACGGAGGACGGAAAGCUCUGACCGAGGCGAAUAUGCCCAAGCUGUACCCUUCGUCUCCUCUGAAAACAUCCCAAACAAUAUUUGAGAGAUUUGAGAAGAUUGGAAAGAAACAGAAUAAGGAACAAGUCCCUCCAGCUUCUUUUGAGCAACAGCAGAAGAAACGUAAUGCAGGAAAAAUGAACAAGAAACCUUACAGCAAUGAAAAUGGACAAAGAUCUGGCAAAUUCAAAUCUUUACAGGAAGCCUUCAAAGCUCUUGAUAUAGGUGAUCUUCAGCAACAACUUCAAAACAGCCAAAGAGUUUUCGCUGAAAACCCUUCUGUAUGGGUUAAGGACCUGGCCGGGUAUCUGAACAGCAAACUGCAAGCCCCUGAUAACGAUCCAACUCUCAGCCAACACCCUUACGACUAUCCUUAUUGCCUUGCAAGUAAGGAUCUUAAGAAUAUUAUUAAGACUCUCCUUGGAAAAUCACCAACUGCUGCAGAGGAGCUUUUUGAUCAUUGCAUCUACUCUAUGUUACGAGAGUAUGACAAGCCUAAUGGAGAAGCACUGUAUGGCUACAGGAUUUGUAUUCAGGCCUUGCUGAUGGAAAAGCCCAAAAUAGCAACUCUCAACUUGCCCAGUUAUCUAGAUCUUUUGAGAACCUAUCUGAACAAACCGACGAAAUGUCUUACCAUCAUGUGGGCUUUGGGACAAGCAGGAUUUACAGAUCUGAGUGAAGGUCUGAAAGUGUGGCUAGGCAUUAUGCUUCCAGUGUUGGGAACAAAAAUGCUUUCUCCAUAUUCUAUUGCUUACUUGGACAGACUUUUAAUGAUGCAUCCCAAUCUUACAAAAGGCUUUGGAAUUAUAGGACCAAAAGACUUCUUCCCCCUUCUGGACUUUGCUUUUAUGCCUGGAAAUGCUCUUUCACCCAGUUUGCAGGAUCAGUUGCGACGACUAUAUCCAAGGCUCAAAGUUUUAGCAUUUGGUGCUAGCCCAGAAUCUUCACUUCAUACAUAUUUUCCUUCGUUCCUGUCAAGGGGAACUCCACAUUGUCCGGAAGGAAUGAAAAAGGAGCUGAUAUGCAGCCUGACUGAAUGCUUGACCUUUGAUCCCCAAUGCUUCAGUGUUUGGAGACAGUUAUACACAAAGCAUCUUUCACAAUCAAGCAUUUUGUUGAAUCAUCUCUUGAAUUCUUGGGGAAGCCUAUCAGGAAAGGUUCGCAAAUCCCUCCAGGAAACUGUGCAGUCUUUCCAAGUUACAAAUGAAGAAAUCAGCUUGUCUACUAAAUCAGACCAUGUGAAAGCCUGUGCUGCAGUGUGUACUAAUUUACAGCUAAAGAUGAAACGCCAGAGAUUCAACUGGUCUCGCCUGUUGCUGGUAGGACUGGUGUUUGCUGUUGGCUUUGUAAUACAUGACAUCAGAGCUCAAGGGUCAUUUAAUGGUUCAUCAGUUGCACAAGUUCUUCAGCAGUCUGGAAUGAUGUCCUUUUCUCAACAGGCAUACAAUAAAAUAUCUGUUUAUUCAAACAAAGGAUACAGUUGGCUGGAAACAAAUGCUCCCUAUUACUACUCAGAAAUGGUUAAAACAUUUGGGCCUACUCUAGAAAUGGCUUGGGAGAAGACGAUUGUUACAUCAGCAUACAUCACAGAAAUGUGUGCAGGCCAGAUUGCUUGGAUCAAAGAAAAUGCUCCUAAAUUAAUAGAAUUGCUCAGUGCAAGCAUUCCAGAAUGUGUGGUGAACUUUAUUGAAUAUUUGAAAGUAUUACUUCUGUUCAUACACCAAAACUACCUGCCACUUAUGACAUAUGCUGUAACUUUGAUGGAUGAAAGCUGGCAGACAUUUGUUAAGUCCUGCAAUGGAGAAGUUUCCUGGCUGUGUGUCCAGAAUCAUUUAAUAAACUUUACUGAUUCAAGCUGGAGUUACCUGCAGAACAGAAGCAUUGCUGUGAAAAACUGGGCACUUGACUUGAUCUCCAGACAUUCAAGUGCUUAAGACACUGAAAAAGGACAAUACCAACUCUGCUGCAUUUUGUAAAGAUUCAGAGAAAUUUUCUUAAAAGGGAG